AUGAGGGUAAAAAAUCCAAAACGUAAUGGAAGUUCAGCAUUAAAAAGGCUAAAAACUACUUUAAAGGACGUAGGAUUAGUAGGACCAAAAUCAUGUUCAAAUACUAGUAAAAAGCAAAAACAAAAAGGAAACCCAGUAGAUACCAGGAAAAUUGAAUAUCAAUCCAAGUUGAAUAGUUUAAUGAAAAAUCAAGUAAAUCCUUUCGAGUUAAAAAUUAAUAGGGUUAAACAUGAUGUAUUGGGAAAGAAAAUUAAAGGUAUUCAAGGUAGACCUGGGUUGAAAAGACAAAUUGGAAUUGAGAAGAGAAAGAAAACAUUACUUGUUGAAAUGGAAAAUAAAAAUAAAGUUGGAGGUGUAGUUGAUCGUCGGUUUGGUGAAAAUGAUUUAAAUAUUUCACCCGAAGAAAAAAUGUUGGAAAGAUUCACUAAAGAACGACAGAAACGAUCGAAAUCAUCUUUAUUUAAUCUUGACGAAGAAGUAGAUUUGACUCAUUAUGGCCAAUCUUUGGCUGAAAUGGAUGUUUUUGAUGAUCCAGAUUUGGUUCUAAGUGAUGAGGACGAUGAAGGUGUUAUUGACAUGAAGACUGUAGCUAGAAGUCACUUUGGCGGAUUCGAGGUCAAUAAUAACAAUGACAUUGAACACAAAAAGUCAAAAAAUGAAAUUAUGAAAGAACUUAUUGCGAAGAGUAAAAUGCAUAAGUAUGAGCGACAAUUUGAAAAAGAUGAAGAUGAAAAGGUUCGUCAAGAAUUAGAUAUUGAAUUAGAUUCAAUUCGUAAUUUACUUAUUAUACCUCAUAAACCUCAUGAUGAACCUUUAGAAUCACAAGAGUCUGCUUUUCAGAAGCAUUCUGAGAUUGAGAAUAAGUCUGAACCUAAAUCGCAUGAGAAAUACGAAGAGUACGAUAGAAUUGUUCGUGAAUUGGCUUUUGAAAAACGUGGGAGACCUACGGAUAGAACUAAAACCGAGGAAGAAAUUGCUUUGGAAGAGAAAGAAAGUCUAGAAAAAUUAGAGCGCGCAAGAAAAAGACGUAUGGAAGGUAUAAGCUCGGAAUCUGAAGAGGAUGAUAAACAUAAAAGGCGAAGACGUGUCCCAGUAGCUGAUGAUUUAGAGGAUGAUUAUUUAGUUGAUGAGGAUAUAGAUGAUUUUGGAUUAGGAAAAGGAAUUACUAUAAAAGAUUUUUCUACUGUUGAAAGAAUGCAAGAUAAUGAAUCAGAUGUGACUGAUAUCCAAAAUAUCGAUGAAGAAGAUAUUAACGAUUUUUCAUCUGGUACAAAUCGAGAGGAAUCUCAAGUUAAAAAAACGAAAGUGAGCAAAAAGGAAAAGAAUAAAAAUGAAUUGGCGUAUACUUUUCCUUGUCCUUCAACGAUGGAAGAAUUUUUGAAAAUUUUAGAGGAUGCAGACGAUGAAAAUGUACCGAUAGUAGUACAACGUAUUCGAGUUCUUUAUCAUAUUAAACUUUCUCCUGAUAAUCAAAAAAAAUUGGAGAAAUUUUUUAAUAUCUUGAUGGAUUACAUUUAUACGAGAGUUCAAGAAACUCCAUGUCCAAUGCAUUUAAUAAAUCGAUUGUCGUUACAAAUAUUCGAUUUAGUACAACAAGUUACAGAAUAUGCUAUAAAGUAUUUUAUAGAAACAACCAAUCAUCUAAAAAAUGAGUUAAUAAAAAAUUUUAAAUUUCCGAAAAUCACUGGACUUAUUUAUUUUAAACUAUUAGGAAAAAUAUUUCCUACAUCAGAUUUUCAUCAUAAUGUCAUGACUCCAACUUUAUUAUUGAUAGGGCAAUAUUUGACUCAAUGUCAUGUUAUUAAUGGGAAAGAUUUAGUAUCUGGAUUGUUUUUGUGUAAUUUACUAUAUGAGUAUCAAACUUUAUCACGACGUAUUGUUCCUGAAGCAAUUAAUUUCUUAUUUACGACACUUGUAUAUCUAUCACCAAACAACACAUUCAAAGAUACAUCAUUAAUUCCCGGAACAUUCCCAUUUCCCAAUGAUAUCGAUUCUAUACCUUCCAUACUUCAAAUAAAGUGUGGGAAAAAAAUUGAUGCUCAAUUGUUAAAAUUUUCCGAAAUAUUAAACGGGAAAGUUGAUAAUUUAGAUAACGACAAUUUUAGAAUAUCUGUAUUAUCAGCUACUCUACACAUUAUUGAAUUAUACGCAACAUUAUAUAAUUCUACUCCUGCUUUUAUAGAAUUAUUCAAUCCUGUAUUGAAAUUGUUAUCUAAUUAUCCAUUAGAUAAAUUUUCAGAAACAACUAAGAAUAAAAUAAAUGCUACCCAAGAAGUUUUGCGAAGACUUCAAAAGUUUUCUAAACAAAAUAGAAAACCACUUGAAUUGCAGCAUCAUAAACCAAUUCCUAUUCCCACGUACAUUCCCAAAUUCCAAGAAAACUUUUCUAUUCAUCACGACCCGGAUAAAGAAAGUAGAAAGAUAAAUAAACUUAAAUCACAGUAUAAGAAAGAAUAUAAAGGAGCAAUAAGAGAAUUACGUAAAGACAAUCGAUUUAUCGCAAGGCAGCAUAUCAAUGUAGUUAAAGAAAAAGAUGCUAUUUAUAAAAAGAAAAUCAAUUUUAUUAUGGGAAAACUUGAAAAUGAACAGGGUGAAAAGAAGGCUUAUGAAAAAGCUAAAAAAUAUGGUAAAUUAUAA